GCCUCGAACAUCUUUUUCAUCAAUGCAGAGUCCAUCAUCUGCGACUUGCGCCUCUCCGCAGAGGCUUCGACUGGCAUUGAGUUUGCCAGACGAUUCUAUGCUAAGACGAAAGGUAUCACCUCCACUGCGGCUUCAAGCGUUCGUGAUAAGGUCAAUGAGGAUGGCCAAUUCCUCCGAAUGACUUUCAUGGUCGAGCAGCUGCUGGCCAGUAUCAAGUCCUGCGGUGGUGUGUACAGGAUCAUCUUCUUUGACGCUUUCAAGCAUGUCUUCAGCCUGCAGUUCGAAGACUCGCUGUGGGCAUUUAGGGAGGCUUUCUUGAACCAUUGCAGAAACAAUGGCAUUGACCAUGAAGUCUUUCCCCACUGGUACUCGCCAGAAUGGAAAGAGCAUGUUUCAUUAUGGAGGCCAUCCUUUUUUCUGUUAGCGGAUGACGGCCUCGCAGUUGAGGAAGAGGAUGAGGAAGAUGAGGAGGAUGCCGAGCAGAAUGCAAGGCUUAGAGGCUCCUUCCAGGCUUUGAUGCUUAGGUGCUUAUCUUACAAAGUCCACGUCGCUUUGCUGAAAGGGCUGCAGCGGCGUGGCAAUCGCGUGAUGGCCUUCACGCUAGAGCCAGACAACCAUGACUCCUUCAUCGAUAAGAAUGUUCAGGGUGUGCUCCAACCACUCCUCGAAGAGGAGGAAGAGGAUGAGGAGCAGGAGGGGUCCCUGAUACCAGCCCUGAAAGCUUUCAAGAAGCGUGCUUCCGGGAAGGUGCAGGACUCUGCCUUGCUUCGGUCUUUCCUCGUCUGCGGGUUCUGCAAGGAAACGCUUGCGAUUCAGGCCGAUCCAGCUUCGAUGGCGCUCAUGAAGCUGUUCGUCAAAGUCAUGAUGAUCCAGGAGAUGGUGCUGCGGUACAUGCCCUUGGACAAGAGAGCGUUCUCAACAGUACCCAGUGAAGAGUGGGAAUUGUACGCUGAGUCCAUCAGUGGCGCACUAGACAGGUUCUACGGCUACAUCUCCAAGGAGCUUGGCAGAUUGAACAGAGACUCUUCGGCUGAUUUGGAGGAUUCCAAGCUGGAUGCUUGCGAUUUGUUCGAUGGUCGCCUCUUUCGGCACUUGUUUCGCUUCGUAGUUGAGAGCGCUUUGUCGGAAAAGAGCAAGGAGGUCAAGGCAGAUGCCUUCAAAUUCAGCUCCUAUGUUGUGGAGGAGUUGGACUUCCUGUGGUCUGAGGCGUCUUCGAAAGAAAAGUUCUUCCCGCUAAAAGUUUCGGCGAUGAAGGACUUGGAGGGUCUGGAGCCACCGCAACUUCCAGACCAGGCACGCGUUCGCGACAGACCCGUCCUGUUCAAGAUAGAGUCUGAGUUGUUCGAUGCCAUGUGGAAGGAGAAAGCAGACAACCUGAAUCAAAAGGAUGAAGACGAACCUGACGAUGCUGGUUUGCUUUGGGAGAGGUAUGGCUGGAAGCAGGGCGUCCGGGUGGAUCCCAUCCAGGAGGUGCAGACGAUGGAGAAGAGUGAAGCAGAAAAGAGGAUGGAGCAGAAAAUGAGGGAGAAGAAGAAGAUCACCGACAAGGACAGGGAGUUUGAGAGGAAGUUCCAAAUGAAAAAGCGCCAAGUGGCCUUGCGACAGCUUCACAGCUAUGCGAAAUCCCUUACAGGUUCGGACAAGUUGCACCUUCCCAUUGUGAGCGUCAAGUCUGACCAGAAAAAAGAGGAACCGAAAAAGGACGCAAAGAAGGAGGACUCAAAAAAGGAGGCCAAAAAGACAGAGGAACCUAAACUCAGCAAGAAAGCCCAGGAGAUUCUGGACAAGAAAAAUCAGAAGGACCUCGAGAAAACUCAGGCGCAGGAUAAGCAGACCCUUGCGGACUGGGAGAAGCCUUUGGCUUCAUUGGGAGAGGUUUCCGACGUUUCGAAGCUGGAGAAGGAGCUCCUUGACCUGCUCAUCGGCUUCAAUCGAGUUGUUCCAAGUUUUGUCGGCUUCCCUGCGCUCAACGCGUUCAAGACGCCGGAGGCGCAGGUGACCGUCAUUGUCAAGGUGGGCUUCCUAACAAUCUUCAAGAUAUUUCUGGAGACAUUGGACGUGACCUGGCAGGCAGUCCAGAGUCUGCAGAAAGCUCUUAAGAAGCUGCAGCUGGACAAGCUGCCUGCAGAGGCACAGCCCAAGGUGACAAGCUUGGUCGUCUACAUCUACUGCCUGGUUCAGGAAGCUUGGAAUUCAUUCGGCAAGAAAGGUCUCAUUGACGGAAAGAGCAUCAAGCUCUUCCAAGAGCUCUUGAUCUCGCUGGGCUUCCGCAAGAAUGCACAAGGCAUGUUCCAGCGGUGGAAGGAGGUAGCUGGAAAAGAAGAGGGUCCCGCAGAAGAUGAUGACAAGGGGAAGGACAAAAAAGGCAAAGAUGCAAAAGAUGCCAAGAAGGACAAGAAUGAUAAGAAAGAAAAGGACAAGGACAAGGAUAAGAAGGACAAGAAGGACUCGAAAGACGGCAAGGAUGCGGAUCCCUUCAAGUCUUUCGAGAUGAAGGAAAGCAAGGUGGAGAUGCUCUGGUCCGGGGUUGGCAGUGACGAGUAUGCCUUCCAGCUGAUGUACAUGGGCCCGCAGAUGAUCCGUCUCGUCGGCACUGCCAAGGACGAACGAGUCAACUUCAAGCCAGACAAGUGGCAGCGGGACUUGCUGGACAUCGUUGACAGCAAUGAGUCAGCACUUGUUGUUGCACCCACCGCAAGUGGCAAGACUUUCAUUGGCUACUAUGUGAUGGACCAGGUUCUUAGAGAAGAUCAUGAGGGUGUCGCAGUCUACGUGGCCCCCUCCAAAGCUCUCGUGAAUCAGGCUGGCUUUGCCAGUGGUAGCUUGUCCAGCUUCUUCAUAGUCCUUCCCGUACUUGCUGAUAAAUCUUUUUGGCAGGUCAGUGCAGAAAUCUACGCCCGCUUUGGGAGCAAGAUCUUUCCAGCCCACUCCAAGCAAGAGCUGCUGCCCGUCUGCAACGCAAGCUUUCUCAAUCGCACAUUUGCUGUAUUCAUGAGCCUUCUUUGA